AUGAGUUGGCUGAGACGAACAAUCGCUUAUCUCAGUGAUGGUAGGAAGAACAAAGUAACAACUAAUUCUGUUAGAGAUUUUCGUAUCGUAUGGCUUGACAAGUUCAUUGAUGUUGCUAAUGAUUCUCGUUGCGCGAAUACUGUUGCACAGCUGCAAGAAAUCGUUGAAGAUGUUCGGACAUUUACAGAUGUUAACGAAUGUAUCGAGUUUAUUGAUGGUCUGAAGGAAGAAUAUAUAUUAAUGGUCGUAUCUGGUUCACUUGGCGAAAUGAUCCUGCCGUCGAUUCACGAUCUUGAUCAGAUCAAAUUCUUCUGUGUGUUUUGUCAAGAUCAACAGCGUCAUCGACAGUGGGCAUCGAAAUGGAGUAAAAUCGGAGGUGUUGUUACAGAUAUUGAUUCACUUUGUAGAACGAUUCAAAAAAUGAUUGAACAUUCCGAUCAAGAUUCAACGCCCAUCAGCAUCGUCAAUACGACGGAUGAUAAAAUCGAGAAAGAUCUCGAUCAGCUCGAUCGCUCCUUCAUGUAUUCACAAAUUCUCAAAGAAAUUAUCCUGGAUAUCGAUUUUGGGCCCAGACGUGUUCAGAAUUUUCUCACUUAUUGUCGAGAGAAUCUCUUCCAUGGCGACAUCAAACUGCUUGAAGAUGCCAAGAAAAUCGAAGAAACCUAUCGCAAGCAUGACCCAAUUUGGUGGUAUACUUCUCCAUCAUUUCUAUAUGCUUAUCUGAACAAAGCAUUACGAGACAUGGACCUAGACGUGAUUAUCCGCAUAGGCUUUUUUAUACAAGAUCUUACAGAUUAUCUUGCCAUUUUGUACUUUACACAACACUUUAGUCGCCACGAUGGAAAGACAUUUUAUCGUGGUCAAAAAUUAUCGGAAGAAAGAUUUCAACAAAUAAAGAAAUCAACAGGUGGGCUGUUGUCAUUUAAUAAUUUUCUAUCUACAAGUACAGAAGAGAAGGUGGCCAUGAGAUUUGCAGGAUCGAAGAUGAAGGAGCCUGGCUUGGUUUCUGUCUUAUUUGUUAUUCGAAUCGGCACGUCGCCGUGUUCGGUAUUCUAUGGCAAUGUUCGCGAAGUUAGUUAUUAUCCCAACGAGGAAGAAGUUCUCUUUGGGAUGCAUUCGGUUUUUCGAAUUGGAGAGAUCGAAGUUGUCAAUGCAUCUGAUGAUUCAUUCUGGAAAAUCCAUUUAACGUUUACCAAUGAUAAAGAUGAACAACUGCGUCGCCUAACAGACUGUAUUCGACGAGAGACCUUCACGACCGAGAGCGGCUGGUAUCGAUUAGGUAAUCUGUUAAAUACGCUUGGUGAAUAUUCAAAAGCCGAGCUGGUUUGUGACACAAUGUUCGCUCUAUCUACAAGACAAGCGGAUCUCGCAAGCGUUUAUCAUCUAUUGGGAAUGAUUAAAUACGGACAAGGAAAGUACAAAGAAUCGAUUAAAGCUUAUAAUACCUCUAUUGAAAUUAAGAAGAAGGUUUUCUCACCUACGAGUCCAUCCUUAGCUGCUACUCAUAGCAAUAUUGGCGAAGUGUAUAACGCACUAGGUCGAUAUAGUGAAGCAUUCUCAUCUCAUAGUGAUGCGCUAAAAGUCAAACAAAGCCAUUUAGCUGAAGAUCAUCCUGAUUUAGCAAUAUCUUAUGACAAUAUUGGUUCGGUAUUAUACAAUAUGAGCGUAUAUUCUCAAGCAAUACUGCACUAUGAAAAAGCCUUGGAGAUUCGACUAAAAAAUCUUCCUUCAACUCAUCCUGACAUCGCACAGUCUUAUCACAAUCUGGGCUCGGCUUAUUUUCGUCUGGAAGAAAAUUCCGAAGCACUUUCAUAUUUCACCAAAGCUAUUGAUAUCAAGCAGAAAAGUCUUCCUGACAAACAUGUCAGCUUGGCUACUUCUUAUAAGAGUAUCGGUGCAGUACAUGAACGUUUGCAAGAAUAUGAGAUCGCUCGAUCUUACUACCAAAAUGCUUUGGACAUUUCUCAAAGUGCAUCACUGACACAGCACCCGACUUUACGUAAAUUACAAAAAGAUUUUGAUCGUGUUAAUAAAAAAUGUCAUUAG